CUUCAUUUGAAUCUUGUAACUUUUUUGAAAUUCAUGUUUGUUUACAAGUAGUACAAAUAAUUAGAUUUUUUAAAACUAACUGUACAUUUAAUAUAUAAAAAGUUACCAGAUAAUUUACAUAAAAGUGUUUUUUUUUUCCAGUGAAUAUGUAUUUCAUUACGCUUUAAAGAGCUAUAUAAAUUCUUAGAAGAUAGGUUAAAACAUUUUGACUGCCAGCGAUAAGCAAAAAAUAAAGAAAAUGGAAUUUCCGGAUCUUGGGGAACACUGCCAGUACGAGAGUUGCAACCAAACAGAUUUCCUGCCACUUCAAUGUAAAUGUAAGAAGGUGUUUUGCAGAGUACAUUUCAAUGAGCAUUGUCAUUCGGGCGAUUGUGAAUUAGCGCCAAAACCAAAAGAAAUUAACCUUAAGAAUGAUGACCAAAUAUUCAGGUGUUCAGAGAAAGGAUGUAGAAAAGGGAAUCUUCACGAAAUGUUGUGUACCAAAUGUAACAAACACUUUUGUAUAGAGCAUAGAUUUCAUCCGUCAUGUCCAGAAAUAGAUGAUGAGACCAUGGCGUUUAAAAUAGAACAACUAGAAGCUCCUAGAAGGCAGUUUCAAGAAGCAAAUAAACAUUUACAAGAAAAGAUUACAGAGAAUAUUAGAAAAGCCCUUCAGUCUUCUGCCAAAGUUAAAACAGCUUCAAAGAUACACCUUAUGAGAUUAAAACAAAAGGCGAAAGGACCAAAAACAGUAACUCCUAAAGACAGAAUUUAUUUUGCUAUUAAAAAACCUAUAAAUGUGGAAGCUAAACCUGUAAAAGUCAUCAGCGAUUUUGAGAAUUUAAGGCAAAUUGACACAGUUGUUUUAGAUCCUGACUUAAAAGACACAAAUCCUGUGUUCAUUAGUGCAACAUGGAGUCUCGGGCGAGCUAUAGACAGUAUAUGUGAUAGCUGUAAUAUUCAAAAUGAUAAUAACAAAGUUGGUCCAACUAAGUUGAGGAUAUUUCGACAGCUAGAUGGUUACUGUAUAAGCCCUGUCAAGAUGGAUGUGGAGAUCCAGGAUUUAAUAAAAAAUGAAAUUUUAUUAGAAGGCGAUAAAUUAGUUAUGGAAUAUAUAAGUACAGAUGUACUCAAUUGUCUUGACGAUACUGCUCAAGUUUUUAUAAAUUGUGAAUAAACACUGUAUUUAAUCAAAAAUAUGACUUU